AUGAUUGAUACAGAGACGUCUUCACCUAUAGCUGGGAAUAAACGCGAUCGUAAAGAAGAAGGAGAGAAAGAAGAGACAAAUGAAAACAAUGCAGACGAAGAGGACGUGGUGACGCUCUUGGAUGUUCUCAAGCAAAACGAACACAUGACAGAGACGGCGGAUGCAGUGUUAGGCGAUGCCAGUGACACAUACUGUAGCUACCCAAUGGGAUACAUUCGUCAAGCAAUUUAUGCUUGUAUGACCUGCACUCCUGAUGCUUUGGAGAAGUCAGAGACACGUGCAGGUGUGUGUUUGGCCUGUACGUACAAGUGUCAUCAAGAUCAUGAGCUCGUGGAGCUCUAUACGAAGCGUGCGUUUCGCUGUGACUGCGGCAAUGAAAAGUUUCCUAAGACUAAUCCUUGCCAGCUGGAAGUGGCCAAGACAUCGACAAAUUCAAGAAACACUUAUUCGCAGAAUUAUGGAGGGAUAUAUUGCAAUUGUCAUCGACCGUAUCCCGAUCCAGAACGAACAACGAUGGAAAUUAUGGUGCAAUGUAUCAUUUGUGAAGACUGGCUGCAUGAGGAGCACAUUUUUAAGGAUGUUGUGAAGACACCUGAAAGUCAGACUGCUGAAAAGGAUGCAAUGGUUUUGACCAAGACGGAAAAAGAGCUAUCUACCGAUGGUGCUGUGGACCAAGCUACUGACUGUAAAGACAGUUUGGUGCCUGCAAACUAUGACGAGCUCAUCUGCUUUGAUUGUAUGAAGAAACACCCGUUUCUUAUGGCGUAUACGGUGGACAAUUGUGAUGUCGAAGGUAAAGAAGACGAGGAAACUAUCGCUGGUGGUGAUAGUGAUGCUUCCAAAGUGAAGCAAUCGGACAAGAAUGAAUGUGUGCUCAAGAAGAAGCAACAGCAAUUAGAGGCCAAGGGUUCAACGACCUUGCAGCCGACUUUCUGGUCGAGUGAGUGGCGCAAUGAUCUUUGCCAUUGCUCGUCGUGUACCACACUUUUGGAAAAGCAUGGUAUUCCUUUUCUACUGGAUCCUGAUGACGCGUUGCACGUGUAUGAAGCUAGCGCAAGGGAAAAGAAGACUGCUUCAGAUGAGGAAGUUGCUCAGCGCGCGUUUGCAAAGACACUUACACACGAGCAACAGGUGGAGGUUGCCAUGGGCUACAGUCUCAUGAAGACCAAUCUUCAGCAGUACCUUGCAAACUUUGCGACGGAAGGCAAGACUGUACGAAAAGAGGACAUCACGGAUUUUUUUAAGAGGCUGAGCCAAACCAAGCGUCAGAAAAUAGAGUAA